AUAACCUAUAUUUAAGCUUGUAAACUAUCGUUAAGUAAAUUAAAAUCAAUAUGAGUUUAAACAAAAAUAGAAGUAUUUUGGAUAAACCUUUAAGUAGAGGAAAAGGGGAAGUUUCUUUAAGUUGUUUCGCUUUGUUGUUUUCGGAAGUAGUGCAAUAUUGCCAAAACAAGUCCCAAACAGUUCCAGAAUUGCAAACUAGACUGCAUGAUUUGGGACAAACAGUUGGUGUUAAAUUAAUCGAUUUGUAUUUUGUGAGGGAAAGGAAUGGUAAAAGAGAAAUCAAAUUAUUGAAUAUUCUGCUUUUUGUAAAAUCAACAUUAUGGAAGGCUCUAUUUGGAAGGGAGGCUGAUAAACUGGAACAUUCCAAUGAUGAUGAAAAUACUUACUAUCUAAUGGAAAAAGAUCCUUUGGUUAAUAAGUUUAUUUCCGUUCCAAAAGACAAAAGUAGUUUAAAUUGUGCCGUAUUUAUAGCUGGUAUUAUUGAAGCUGUUCUAACUGGAACAGGAUUUUCGGCCAAAGUGACAGCUCAUUGGCAUAAAGGCACAACAUAUAUGGUAAAGUUUGAUGAAGCUGUAAUUGCAAGGGAUAAGCAAUUAGAAGAAAGAUAAUUUAUUUAUUAAAUCAUAAAAAAUAAUUAAAUUUAAGC